AUGAAUGAAUACAGCGACAAAGAUGCAACCACAAACACCAUGAAUGCAACAAUGAAGUUGAUGGAUCUCUGUAACUUUGGGGCCUUGAUGCGGGGAUUCUUGAUCGAGUUCAUUCUAAUUUUGGUCUCUUCACCACUGAAAACGACGACUCCGAGACAUGCAUCAGUAUUUCUAAUGACCGAGCCUCUAUAUAUAAUGUUGUCUGGCCCAAGCGGAUAUUUGUUGGUCUCAUGCGUAAUGGUGUCUUCAAGUUCCAGAGAUCCUUCAAAGUUGUAUAAGUCCGAGUUUGGAUCCUCGCAAUGGAUCUGA